AUGGAUUUCAGUUCGAUUUCCCAGAAUCCAAAAGCUGUUUCUGGUCUAUCACUUAGGAAGUUUAAAUCUGCAAUAGAUAUUUCUGAUGAAAAACGCAAGGAAAUGCACAAAAGUACUCAUGGAGCUAUUGAAUUGAUUGAAAAGAGGGUAGAAAAAGACUUACAUGCUGAAAAAACUCGACUUUCUACACUGUUGAACGCCUUCUACUGUAAACUUGACUAUAAGCCAAACGAUGAUGUUGAAAGAAAAACAAAUCAAUUGGCGUCACUACUGAGUAAAAUUGAUUGUAGCAGUUGCUCUGAAACCAAGUAUGUUUUGACUCUUUGUUUAUUAUGUAGGAUUAAAAAUGGUAUUUCCGUAUUCCAGAAUAACCACGACAAUCUAAAUGCAUCAGUCGUGGCUAUGGAGAAAUCGUGCACUUCAUUCCAGAGUUUGCUUGAAGACGUUGAUAAAUUGGAAAAAGAUUUAGAAAGAUUCUCAAAAGAGUAUCGUCUAUCUCCAGAUGGUGUCAAAUCAGAAAUGCGUUCUUUACAAUUGAUUAAAGAAAGGUAUUCAAAAAUGUCAAAAUCUUUGUCACAACAAAAUAAAUCUCUAAGCAAAUCUAUAGCAUCAACUGGAAGAGUACUCGAUCAUCGUGUCCUAGUUGCCUGGUCCAAGGAAAUUAAAGAAUUAAAAGAACGCAGAGCACUCCUAUCUGAACGUGUCGACCAGUAUAUGGGCCUUUCUGUGGAUACUACAACAGCUAAGAAACAGUUGAAUGAUGUACUCUCAGAAUUGGAAUCUAUAGAUUCACAAAUGUUAACAGUAAUGGGAUUGAAUGCAUGGAAUUGA